AUGUUCGCUAAUAAGAAGCACUUGAUCAGUGCCAUCAUUGGGGCACUGGUCGCACUCUCCAUCAUUGCCCUUGUUCUCAGCCUGGUGAACAUUGAAGAUGUCACCCUGCCACCCACUGUCAAGUAUGGGAUAGUGUUUGAUGCAGGCUCAUCCCACACCUCUCUGUUUGUCUAUGAGUGGGAUUCGGACAAGGAGAAUGACACCGGUGUGAUCAGCCAGACCUUGUCCUGUGAUGUCCACGGACAAGGUAUAUCAAGCUAUGCCAGUGAUCCCCUGAAAGCUGGUGAUUCCAUAAGGGAGUGUCUGGAUAAAGCCCUGAAGGUUGUUACUGCUGAAAACCAGACAGCUUUGACAAGUUAAUGUAGCAGGGUGCAGCUGGGUGUGUGUCCUGACCUUUGGGUCCUUCCUAGGGAACAGAACAGUGCAGCAGCAGAGCAAGUCCUGGCUGAAGUUGCUAAAACUAUGCAAGAGUACCCAGUGGCUUUCAAAGGGGCUCAAAUCCUUACAGGAGAGGAGGAGGGGGCUUAUGGCUGGAUCACCAUCAACUACCUGCUGGGUUCCUUCACUAAGUAUUCGCCCAAAGCACACACAUGGAUUCGUCCAGAGGCAGCCAGCAUUUUUGGAGCACUGGAUCUUGGAGGAGCAUCCACCCAAAUCAGCUUUGUGCCCGAAGGUUCAGUGGUGAACUGGAAGGAAGGCUCCAAGUUCACACUGUAUGGGUAUGACUACAACAUCUACACACACAGCUACCUCUGCUAUGGCCAGAAUGAGAUGCUGAAGCGACUGGCAAAGGAAUUGAUUGCGGAGUCGGCCCCCAGCACGCGUGUCCAUCACCCCUGCUAUCCAAAAGACUACAAUGAAACCGUGUCGCUAUCUUCCUUCCGCACCAGCCCCUGCACGAACCAGAGCGACCCGCGCCUGGGCUUCAGCGACAGGACCGUCACCCUGGAGGGUAGGGGCAAUGCCAGCAGGUGCCUGGCUGCCAUCAAGAAGCUUUUCAAUUUCUCCGCGUGUGGCCAGAGCCAGGACUGCACCUUCGAUGGCAUCUACCAGCCGCCGGUCAGAGGGCAGUUCAUUGCCUUCUCUGCCUUCUACUAUAACUUCAAGUUCCUCAACCUGACCGAGGGGCAGCUGCUGGCCACUGUCAGGGAGACCAUUGAACAUUUCUGCACGAGAAGCUGGGAAGAUCUCUCUGCUAGCUACCCUGAAGAGAACUCUCAGCGCCUGCCUAAAUACUGCGCCAACGCCAACUACAUCCUCACCCUCCUCCUCGAUGCCUACAAGUUCAAUGAGACCAGCUGGAACAACAUCAUCUUCCAGAUGAAGGCGGGGAGUGCCGACGUGGGCUGGACACUGGGGUACCUGCUCAACCUCACCAACAUGAUUCCAGCGGAAACUCCGGCGCAGGUGAAGGGACAUGUUCCUUCCCUGUGGGCUGCGGCCAUCACCUUCAUCAUCCUCACCCUUGCCUUGGGGCUCACUGCCCUGCUCCUGCUCCUGUGGGUGUAG